GAUUUAGAAAGCUCCCACACAAACUGUCAGGCGAACUGUCAAGAGAAGGUAUUAGAGAAAAAAAUAACAUUCAAAAUGACAGUUGCUUUUCUGAUUGCAGAUGUUUGCAAAAACUCCUUCAUAAAUAUAAAAAAUUUUAUAUUUUAAAAAUUCCCUACCACUUUUUAGUUGCACACCGUUUCUAACUUGUCACCGGUGCUAACUGUAAAGCAGUUCUGACUAAAUGCUGAUUUUAGAAUAUUCACAGAAAAAAAACGAAAAAAAAAACAUUAAAAACGCAAAUCGUGUUGUUUAGUUCACUGCCCAAGCACCACAGAUUAAGCUUAAACGACUGGAAAAUUGAAUAUCCAUAGAAAAAAAAUGAAUUUGUCUAUUUGGGUUGAUCAAGCCUUGCUUGAAAAUAAAACGCAAAGAAAAAUAAUGCCCGGCACUGUGGCAUAAAGAAGCUGCUUAAGCGCUAUUUAAAAUAUCCACCUGGAACUUUGAUGCUGUUUAAUUACUGCAAAAGGCGAAUUCAAGCAGCGAUCUUUAGCAUGCCAAAAUUAGCUGCAUAAGCAAAUUUGGCUAUUUGGGGUAAAAUAUUGCGAUAGUUUAUCAGCCAAAAUAAAAUCAUUUUAAUUAUGUAUAAUAAAUAUUAUAAAAGUAUCAGCAGUUUUUGGUGAAACUGCUGCACUAGCCUGUUGAAAGCUGGUACAGUUGCUCUAAUUUUACUAGAAAACAUAAACACUCCCUGUAGCUGUUCAGUUGCACACCGGCCGUUUAAAACCUGUCACCGGUGCCAACUGUCAGUGAGCCAACCUCGCCCGCAGACGUCAGCCGUCGUGGCUGUGCUAACGUUUGUUUACGUCAAAACAAAACUUUCCGCUACGUACCGAGCCGAGGGAACAAGUCCGGGAGUGCCUGCUGCGAUUAGAAGACUCCACCUUUGGAAGCGAAUGUAAUCGACGGGAGGAAGACACACCUCCCUGCUGCAUUUAACCCAAAUCAGCCCACAUUCCUGUGUCUGUGUGUGUGUUUUACGGUGUACGUAUUGCCGGAAGAAAGGCAGACAGCAAAACAAGAUGCCGCUCUCCAGCUACACGGACGUGUCGGCCAUCCGGCAGGAGAUACUGGACAACAAUUUACGGGCGAAGGCAAUCAUUAUGGACAUCUCCAACUUCCGCGGCACGUUGCGCGAGCUGGAAACGCUGAACGAGGCCGGCCGGGACAAGCUGGCCGCACUGCGCCGGUGCAUCGACCGGAUGGACGUGCUGGCACGGGACGAACCGGACCACAAGCUGACGGAGGAAGCGGAAAAGAACCGCGAACAGUACACCAGAACGCUGCAAGCGUUCCGGAAGGCCAACAUCAGCACGAUGCUCGAGAUCGAGAAGGCAAACAAGGAGGAGCUGUUCGCGCUGCGCCCGGAAGCGAGCGAUGUGCGGCAGCGGAAGGUGGGCCCGGGCGGUCCCACCACCGGCAAGACGCAUCGCAACUCGUCCCUGCUGUUCCAGCAGGAAAGCGUCACCGACCGGAUGAUCUCGAUCUCGAAGCAGCUGCACGACACGACGCAGAAGUCGGCCGCCACGCUCGACAUGCUGGUGGCGACCAGCGCCACCGUGGAGAGUACGCGCGACGAGCUGCUCAAGACGGCGGGGAAGAUACACCAGUCGCGCAAGCUGCUGCAGAAGUACAGCCGGCGGGACUGCACCGACAAGGUGCUGGCCAUGUUCGGGCUGGUGCUGUUCCUGGUGAGCGUGCUGUACGUGCUGUCGCGGCGGUUGUUUUAAACCAGUUUGGCAGUAGUGGUGGCAGAGAGAGAGAGAGAGAGAGAGAGAGAGGAAGCAAAUCCAAAUUCCAAAAACCCUUUCCGGCACGUGGGGCAUCCCAGAAUUCCUUCCCAGAAUGAUUGUCACUGCCUAACGUACAUUGAUUAGAUGAAAUUCGCGUACAGCGUAAAAUAUUAUACUGUUCUCGCCGCUUUUACUUGCUUUACUCCUUUCUUCAAAUGUUUUAUUUAAAAAAACAGGGCCCGUUCAGUGAGCUAUUUCGGUAUCAAAUAGCGGUAUCUGUUAGUCACACAGUACUGCCCCCUCUUUUUCUAAUGCAGGGAAAAACGACUUCAAAAGCUUCACAGACACCACGAAAUUGAGUGAUGUACACAACGCCAAAAUCCGUUCACAAUCAAUCCCUUCCUUGCAAGCACUCCUCUUUUCCUCCCAGCUCUGACCCCAGCUUUAUCGACACUUUGGCACGUGCAUUGUAUAAUGGUUAAAUAGUUAUUAGAACGCUUACGGUAUAUACGCGGGACAAGGGAAUGAAUCGACGAUGGGGGUCGGUAAAUAAAUUGUAACUGCAGUUUGUGUGUAACUGCCGCAACGGUAAUAUUAAAAAAAAAAACAAAGCAAAGAAAA